CUGCCUCCCCAAGUUCGCCCCGUAUCUAAUCCUCUCAGAUGGCUUCAAAUGAUCCCGAAGAGCACGAUCCCCCCGGAAACCCCCAACCCGGUGACCUCAUUGAGAUUUUCAGGCCGGCCUAUCAGCACUGGGCUCUGUACCUGGGUGACGGUUACAUCGUCAACCUGACACCAGUGGAUGAAGGCCAGGCCACGGCCAUGUCCAGCGUGAAGUCCGUCUUCAGUCGAAAGGCGGUGGUGCGCAUGCAGCUGCUGAAGGAGGUGGUGGGGAGCAACUCAUACCGAAUCAACAACAAAUACGACGACAACCACACCCCCUUGCCCGUCUGUGACAUCAUUCACCGAGCCCAGCUUUUCAUUGGCCAGGAAGUGUCGUAUGACCUGCUGGGCAACAACUGCGAGCACUUUGUCACUCUGCUGCGCUAUGGGGAGGGGGUGUCUGAACAGGCUUCCCAGGCCAUUGGCGCGAUCAGUCUGGUGACGGCAGCUGCCAGCGCCUUCUCAGUGCUGGGACUGAUCAACAACCGAACCCCAAACAGGCCUGACUGACUGACUCCUUCACAUACCACCCUAACCAGCUCGUCUCUCUCUGAGCUCAGCACACAGCUGUCUGUGCAGAUUAUUACGAUCUUGAUUACCCAAAGCGCUUACCUCUCUUGUGCAAACUGCGUAAAAAAGAUCAGUAAGGCGUUGCUUACUGGAAGGUCAAGGGUAGUUUCUAUUGUAGAUUUUGAACCUAAAGAAAGAGCUUGAGUUAUUCACACGGUGUUGUGGCUGAUAUAAUUACCUACAAUAUGUACACCUGCAAAAGUGUGAUUAAAGAAACGAAUGUGUUUUGAUACUAUAUUUACCUUUCAUAAUUGGUUCGUUUUGUUUGCAGUACAUGUCAGUGCAGUGUAAAAUGCAAGUGCUGUUAUUUUAUCCUUGGUUAAAUAAAAUAUAAACUGUCUGUAUUUGUUUUUCAUAAAUAUUUUAAAACAUUGCGCCAAGAAGAAAGUGGUAGACACUUGUCUGUUUAUUUUAAAAUGUUUAAAUAAAGUUUUGUUGGCGCUUAUUGAUUACGACAUUUUCUGUGACGUAGUUGUCAUGCGUAGCCCAUUCACACGUGUUGUUUUUCAGAGCAAGCUAGCGUUCGGUGUUCUCUAAAAUUUGAUUGCUAGCUACGUUUGUAUUGAAUAUUUCGACUGGAAAACCUAAUUCUAUUAAUAAUCAUUCACAAAGACAGACAUGGGCAAGAAAUUAAAAGUAGGGAAAACUCUGAAAGACAAAUUCUAUCACUUGGCAAAGGAGACGGGUACGUUGAUCGGAAUGAGUGUUGCAAGCUAACGCACUGCUAACCUGCGAACAAACUGGAUUUUGGCAAUUAUUAAUUUGUGAAGUUUUUAAUACCGGGUAGCCACAGUGUCUAUGACCGUUGUUAACUAGAUCGGUGAUGGUUACCAAAAGGUGUGUUCUGUACGGUAAUUGAGCGACUUGGUUAAAUAGCUAACGUUAGCUAGCUUGCGGGCUAACUUAUACGGGCGAGUUACAUGACCGAGUUAGUGCAGCAAAGAAAGAGUUCAGAACGACAGUAACAGCUGGUUGACGUUUACUUUGAUAACGAAUUUGAUCUGCUCAUUGUCGCUAAACAUACAAAUGGUAUUCCCUCUGUUUCAGAAACGACCUACUUCUAAUUGCGAGUACAUAAUAACGGUUGGCGGUCAUCGAAAUUGAUCUACCUGCUGAUUUUGUUGUCAGUGGUAAUGCUGAAAAUGUGCCUUUUGUCUCCUUA